CCCGAGGAGUCCCUGCCAACUCCCCAUUCACCGUUUGUUUUGCAGAUAGGCAAUAUAUAAAUAUAAUGUAGUUCUAUGAUAAAAAUUUAAAAAUUUUCUUCUACUAAGUCAACAUUAAUGUGUCAACCUUCGAUGGGCGAUAUGUGUUCCAGCGGUACCAGUGAUAGUAUCUGGCACUUAAUUACUAAUUAGUUACAUGAAAUUAAGAAGAUGCAUCAAUAGACCCAGAGGGAGUCCCCAAGGACUCUCUUGAAAAUCCCCGAGAACUCCCCAGGGACUUCCUUAAGAAUCCCAUAGAACUCCUGUGGGAAUCUUGAGGAAUUCCUCUUGAAUCCCUUAAAAAUCCUCCAUGACUCCACAGAGGAUCCUGCCGGGAUCCCGUGACAGGACUCCUGCUGACUCCUGUAAGACUUUUUUUCCAGGACUCCUGCGGGAGAUUAAUCAGGAGUCUCGACUAGGGCUUUAGUCUCAGCCAGGUUCAAAUUUCAAAGCAACUAAAGGUCUCAAAAUGUUGUACACAAAAUGUCAUCAAGAAAUACGAAGAACGCGGUAGAGAUGAUGAUUUGAAGCGCACCGAACGUCCGAAAAAACUUCUUGGUAUGAGGUUCGUCGUUUGAAAAGAUUGGUCAAACGGGACUCACGCCUCAGUGCGGUCAAUAUGGCAUUUAAAAGGUGGUAAGAAGUUUUUAGGUUUUCAAUGAAAUAAUUAAUUAUGAUAUAUAUAAUAUAAUUAUGAUAUUCCUAAUCAGUUUACGAUAAAUCAACAAAUUUUGUUUUCUGAUAAAACAAGUUCUAUUUCAUAAUGCAUUCAGUAAAGGAUCUAGUGAUUUGCAAGGUAACAAAUCUGUUUAGAAAACUAUAAACAUUAUUGUUAUUUAGUUCACCAAAUGAGCAAAUAUGACAGACAUAUUGAAAGAAUAUUAAAAGAUGUAGCGUAAUAACAAAUAAAGCUUAGAUAUCUUCUAGCUUAAUAGACAUGAUGAUUGAGACACAAAUGAUGACGUAAGAUUCUUUUUUUUUAUGACAGAAGAUGAUUAGUAGAGCAAACGUGAGAAGAUAUUUAUCUAAUUGUUAUUUUUUUCUCUAUUAGCUUUAAAUAUGUCUGACAAUCGUAGAAAAUCGAAACGUCGAAAACUACACAAAGUUUGCGAUCAUGGUUUAUUUACUCCAAUAGAAGUUGACUGGUUCAAGUCGACAAUACCCCAUGUUAAAGGUGAACGUGAAAAGUGUCGGCACUAUGUUGCUUAUUCAAGAUAUGGUGCUCAGUGGUAUUUAGCAAAUGAUACAUUAAUUAAGCCGAUAGAUUCUUUAGAAGUUUUCAACAAAAAACAGUCAGUUGUACUCCAGUUAUAUGAACGGAAAGUGUGCCAAGAUGUUUUUCGUCGAAUUAUUCGUUAUAUUCUUACUGACUUUAAUUUGAAGGAAGAACAACGACGUGCAACAUUACAUCAAAUAGUACUUCAUUGGCCUGUUUGUUGUUGUUUUGACGAUGAUAUUAAUCAAAUUAUAUCUGAAGGUGACGAUUUCGAUACCUACAAAAAAUCAAUAACUUGGACAUUUGCAUUAUCGUUUAAAUGUGAAAAAUGUAAUCGAAUUGGAUGUCAACAAAUGAGAAAUUUUAACUUAACCGUUAAUUGUGAGACGGUCAUGAUGGAUGUAAAAUCACAUGUUAAUAUUGAUGAUAAUAUUAUUGAGAAUAAAAUAAUACCAUCAGUGAGAUGUCUGAUUUGUGAAAAAGCAGCUGCAACAUCACUUCAAAAUUUAUUUAUUCAUUCGUGUGAUAAACCAAAAUAUUUGUUUGUUAAAUUUACUCAUUCCAUUGAUAUUAAUAAAUAUGAUACUAUAGAUGUUGUUUGUACAAAAACAUCAUAUUCAUAA